CAAUCAUCAUCAUCAGGACGUAAACAAAGGCCAGACAUCGGACAGGCAUCAGCUGAGUCACAUAAACAGACCACCAUGAACAACAACGACGCGGAGAUCAACGACGGAGAAACGGAGACGAUCGCUAGCGACACCCAGAAGCCUGAGAAGAUGUUCACUCUGAAGAAGUGGAACGCGGUGGCCAUGUGGAGCUGGGAUGUGGAGUGUGACACCUGUGCUAUAUGUAGAGUGCAGGUUAUGGAUGCGUGUUUGAGGUGCCAGGGUGAGAACAAGCAGGACGACUGUGUGGUGAUAUGGGGCGAGUGCAACCACUCCUUCCACAACUGCUGCAUGAGCCUGUGGGUGAAACAGAACAAUCGGUGUCCUCUGUGCCAGCAGGAGUGGUCUGUGCAGCGAGUUGGCAAAUAGUCAACUCCAUCCUUCAAAUUGUAUUAGUUUGUGGAGAAGAGUUCUCUUGCAACUAGCUGUGGUUAGGGAGAACUGUGAGGUUAGCAAGUAUUAUAAGAUUUUUAAUGAUAAAACAAUUGUAUGUAUGUGUAAGUGAGAGAGAGAGAGAGAGAGAGAGAGAGAGAGAGAGAGAGAGAGAGAGAGAGAGAGAGAGAGAGAGAUGCAUAAAUUAUUAACUUGUGUGUUUGAGGGAAUUUCAAGAAAACAGCAAUACUUUUCUUUAUUAUGAAGUUAUGUUCUUACUUUACUUGUUCUACAUUGAUGUGUAUUGAAACUUUACCUUAAAGGAUGUUUUUGUAACAAACAACAUAUAUUUUAAUUGCAGUUAUGUAUCUAAGAAAAACAUAAUAGAAAAUAUUUAUAAGAACAUCUUUUUCUGUUGCAUCAAUAGCUAAUGGCAAGAAAGUUAUACAAAAUGGUGUGUUCAGAGGUCACUUAUGAGACUUGAAGUAACUUGUGAAAUGCAAAUGUACUUGAACUGAUUUUGUUUAAAAAAAAAUUACAGAUUUACAGUGCCA